UUUAUGUGUUUGCUGCGCCAUGAGCGGGCCUGCCUGGCGGCUGCAUCAUCUUCAUCCACGGUUUGAUGCCGCAUGUCGGCUUUCAGAGUUCAAAACAAACGCGACCAAGUGGGUAAUAACAGGCUCCCCGGGAGCGUGUCUCUGCUCGGUCUUCGCUGACUCGUGUGUUUCUAGAAUUCCGGCUGCGGGUCUUUUUACCGGGUGACUCUGCGUGUUUGUUGCGUUUCUCUGCUGAACAACUUUGCCGCGCUCCGUUUCCACGCCGCUCGUUCACGGUAGGAAAAGUACGGAGGUUAGGCCCAGCGCGAGGCCAGAGCUUCCCUGUGAGUGACGGCUUCAUGCGUCCAAUCAGGCAUGAGGUCACGCCUACUUUUUUGUCGGACUCGGCCAAUCACAUGUGUGUAAAGCACUGACGUAGGGCUCAGCUUCUCGCGCUACACCCUACAGUUAUAAAACACCAGACAAUAAAGUGUCAGAGACGAAAGUGAUAAACAACCGAUCGGCUGGAAAUCUUUUAGGAUACGGUUUCAUUUUGUGUUUCCGGUUAAAAUCACACUCGCGUGCGUUCAUGUUUUGAACCUACUAACAAAAACAGCCCGUAUGCGGCUCGUAACCCCGAUUUCUUUUUAACAUUCGGUUGAAAAUGCAAUAAUCUGUACUAAAAACGUGCAUAUGACCUCCUUUCUUCAACGUGAACAUUGAUUUUGACAUAAUUAACGCUGGUUGCUCCUCCUCGUCUGGGCUGUCAUGUUCGGCUUCCUGACCGCCAUUAAAAGUCCUUAGAUUAAGGAAGGGAGCCUUGAUGUGGGCAGUAUGACUAAGACGCCCCCUAACAGAAGAGGGAUAACAUUUGAGGUGGGAGCUCAGCUUGAGGCCAGAGACAGCCUCAAAAACUGGUACGCUGCUAACAUAGAGAAGAUUGACUACGACGAUGAGAAAGUACUGAUCCAUUAUCGCCAGUGGAGCCAUCGCUAUGAUGAGUGGUUUGACUGGACCAGUCCCUACCUGAGACCCGUAGAGAGGAUCCAGCUGAGGAGGCAGGGCCUGAACGGCGACUCUUCACCUGGCUUUCACGUAAAUGACAAGGUUCUGGCCAGCUGGUCCGACUGCCGUUUCUACCCCGCUAAAGUCAUUUCAGUCAAUAAAGAUGCGUCCUACACUGUAAAGUUCUACGACGGAGUCAUCCAGACAGUGAAGGGAAUGCACGUGAAGCCUUUCAUCAAAGAGAGACGUGGACGGUCUCGGUCCUCCGACCAGAACGUGGUGAAGAGGACGGCUCCGGCCCGCCGAGACAGACGUCCACAUGAGAACGGCGGUCCCAAAAGCAAGAGAGUCAGACGCAGCACUUCAGACCAGGAGGAGGACAGCAACAGUGAUGAUGAGGAGCAGGAAGAGGAGGAGGAGGAGGACCAGAAAACUAACGGCCUCCUGGAGGCGGAGCAUCCUACCAAGCAAGUGGAGGACAUGGUGGACCACUCUGAGCAGAACAAUCUCACAGACACAGAAAAGAUGACAGGACUCCUGAACGGGGUGAAGGCUGAAGAAGACGAUGAAGAUGAUGUAAAUGUGGAGACAUGUCACGUUAAUGGAGACAUGAAAAAGGAGGAGAUGGGGUUGGAAGAGGGUGGAGCAAAACCAAAUGCAGAGCUGCAGACUCAGGUGUUGGUCCAACCGGAGCGAGUGACUGCCUCUCCCAUGAAGACGGAGUCCACCGGUGCUGAGCAGAACCCCAGCAUCCAAUCAGAGAGCGCUCCGCCUGCAGCAGAGACACCCCCACAUCCACCCCCACCUGUCAAACCCAUCAGGAAGCAGGGCUUCCACAACCCCAACAGAUUCAGCAGAGAGCCGCUGUACCGGGUGAUCAAAAACCAGCCUCCUCCAGUCCUGUCCAUCAACCUGGACCACAACCCCUUCAAGUGCAGCGCUGCAGGCUGCACCAAGUCAUUCCGUAAAGCCAAGCUGCUGCAUUACCACAUGAAGUACUACCACGGAGAAGACCAGCCCCCAGAGGGACAGCACAGCCCCACCAGGAGCAUCCACACCAGGGCCUCUGAGAAGCAGUCCACACCUGCUGGUCUGGAGGCUCCAAAGAGGAGGCGCACCAUCUCAGCCUCCAUGAACUCUGGAGCUGUGGCGUCUCCCCGUGGGGAAGUGAAGACUGCAGGCAGACGCACGUCAGCCCCACCUGCAGUCAGCAGCCAGGGCCCCCAGCAGAGGGCGCUGCUGCGGGAGAAGAGCAAGGAGAACCAGCUGGAGCGGAACACGUGUCUGCUGCAGGACAAGGUCUCAGACAAGCCGGGCUUGGACAUGGGGUCUGUGAAAGACAAACAGAAAGAGAGGCCCAAGCAGAGGGACUUCCUCCGCAUCAAACUGAAGAAGAAGAAGAAGAAAAAGAAGGCCGAGUCAGACUACACGGGUAGUGAGGAGAAUAUUGACAUCUCAGUAUUGGGGCUUCACUCCAAAUUGAAUUUGCCACUCAAACCCCCCCCUACACACAAUCACAAGCCUGAGGUCUAUCCCAGCAGACCCGGAUACAGCUACUCAGAGCAGAUACGUGUCGAUGACGAGGACAGCAUCAGCGACUGGUCCACGGACAGCUGCGGGUGGAGCGAUGACGACCUGGAGGUGGAUUUAGACGUCACCACGCCGCCUCUGAGCGUAGAUUCUGGAGCCCUGGACUCCAGCGACCAGGAGAUCGUGCGAUGCAUCUGUGAGGUGGAAGAAGACAAUGACUUCAUGAUUCAGUGUGAAGAGUGUCUCUGCUGGCAGCACGGCACCUGCAUGGGCCUGCUGGAGGACAACGUCCCAGAGAGGUACACCUGCUACAUCUGCAGAGAUCCACCAGGUCAGAGGCAGAGUCUGCGAUACUGGUACGACCGGGACUGGCUGACCAGUGGACACAUGUACGGCCUCUCCAUCCUGGAGAACUACUCUCACCAAAACGCCAAGAAGAUCACCACCACCCACCAGCUGCUGGGAGACGUGCACCAUGUGGUGGAGAACCUCAACGGCCUGCAGCUGAAGAUGAGCAUCUUACAGAGCAGCAGCCACCCAGACCUGCAGCUCUGGGGCCAGCCCUGGAAGCAUCUGCAGAGGCCGCGGCUCGGCUCGGACUCGCGUCAAGGCAGCAACACGGCUCCGUCUCCCGUUACUCCCGAUGAGGACUUGAGCCGAGGAGAGAUUUUAAUGUCCAAUGCCCUGGAGAAGCUGAGCCGGGCUGCCGCAGCCGCCACCUCCUCCUCCUCCUCCAGCGCCUCCUCUCCGUUCCCAUCCUUCCGGGACUCGUACAUAAUCAGCGAACACUGUUAUCAGAAGCCCUGGGCCUAUUACCCCGCUGUAGAGCAGCGGCUGGUGGUGGAGACCCGACAGGGAUCCGAGCUGGAAGACAGCAUGAGGAGCACGGAGGAGCUGCUGGAACGGGAGCAGCGCUACGGGAGCCUGCUGGAGGUGGACAAGCCUAAAGCAACGAGCAACAAGGCCUUGAUGGGUGUCUCCUGGUCGCCUGCUGAGGACAAGGAGGACAGUUGUCAAGACACUGGAGACAACAGGAAGUACCAGCAGUGGCAGAUGAACUUACUGGAUCACAUAGAUGCUGUCCAGGACGAGGUCUCACACAGGAUGGACUUUAUUGAGAGGGAGUUGGAUGUGUUGGAGAGCUGGCUGGACUACACCGGGGAGCUGGAGCCUCCUGAACCUCUGGCUCGUCUCCCUCAGCUCAAACACCGCAUCAAACGACUGCUGUCCCAGCUCAGCAAGGUCCAGCAGAUCGCUCUGUUCAGCUCCACGUGAGGGUGCCAGAGAGCAGCUGCAGCCUCAGGCCCCAGCAGCCGCUGUACCAGAGCAGCAGGAGGGAUCACUGAUGCAAGAGACGCUAAUCCUGUGUGGCGGUGGGGGGUGCGGUACUGCAGCCUGUCUGUGUCAUAUCUGGAUAUUUAAAUGAGGAGAGUGAGCCUCUUGAAUCAGGAUGAAACAAAACAGAACCUCUGAAAGCAGGAGAAACCCUUCGGACCCGGUUACACUCAAUGUGGCGCCCAAACCUAAUGAAUGCCUUCUUCUGAACUACUGCUUAAUGUUGCCCUGUCUUUCUCAGUGCACAGUGCUCUAGCUCCACAAGCUUUAUUUUCACACCUGAACCAACACUGCAGUAAUUUUUGAACACAUUAUUUUCUGUUAUUUGUGUCUCAAACUCACCUUUUUGCUCCUCUUUCCUGCCAUACUGUGUUACAGGCCCUGCUGUUGAUUUAGAGAAUUGGUAACUUGAAUACAUUCACUCUGUUCUCUCACCAUUCAGGCCGUCUUUAAUGUUCCCAGUUAAACUGUGAAGUUUGCUUUUCUUAAGAUUCAAGUCCUUUUUUACCAUUUAUUUGCUCAUCAAAUCAUUUUCGGUUUUUCUCCCUCUUUAUUUGGACUUUGUCGCUGUUGCAUCUAAUGCAUCGUUUGUUGAGUUCUGUGUUGUUAACCUAGCAUUCUGUCUGUACAUUUCCUAGAAAACCUAAGCAUCUGUUCUUUUUUUACUCUUGUUUCAUCAGUUUAUUUAACUGUUGAUUAUAAAGUUGUCAUUCAAAGCUGUUUUGAAUUGGCACGGUUCCAACCACAGUUAAUGUAUGCCACUGUACUGUAAGUGUGUCCUAGAAGCGGGGAACAUGUCAAACAAUACAAACAGAUUUCCUGGUACAUUAAUAAACUAUUAAUAAUC